AUGCCUGAAGUGUACCCUGGGCUAUACCUCUCUGCCGGCUACUCAACCACUGAUGUUGAAAUGCUACGUAGCGAAACACCCCGGGACGUCCUAGAACGUGCCGGAUUUCUCUCAGCGAACGCGGCGACGGACAUCGCCAGCAGACUUCAAAUUGCAUUUGAAAGAAUUUUACCGAAGGUAAGACCUUUUUGGGCAAUUGUAGUAGUCGAAUACUUCAUGUGCUUUGUAGGGGUUACAAUGCCGAAUCGUAUUGAUGCCAGAAAUGAGCGAGCCCGGAUCGGCCUUUAUGAGGGUGGAAUGGUUUGGUAA